AAAGAACGUAUCGUAUGGAAGCAUCUUACCUCGAGUGAAGCUGGAUCCAAGGUUAGGUGCAAGCAUGUUGCCGCUCAGGGUGGAAAUACCCACACGCUAUUAUCCUGAUGAGUGUAUCUUCAAGACCUACCGGUCACUCAUGGGCGAGUCAGUUAUGCAGUUUACCAGCCAUCAGCUGCCGUCGGUGGGAAAUGUGCAGCGCAACAUGGACGCCUUGAUGACGCUUGGCGUGAUAGAGUCCACCAGCUGUGAUCUACCGUCGUUGGUGGAUGUGCUGUGCAGCAUAGACGCCUUGGCGCUAGAUGCGUUUGUUGACACGUUGAUACAGCAGGAUUCCAUUACGAGCAUCCGGCAAACAUGUCGCGGCCUGCGCAAUAUCGUUGACGGUAGCGUGAGGGAUGUCACAAUGAAGGUUAAACCCCGGGGCCCGCAGCAAAGCAAUAGGGUAUCAGCGCCCUCGUUAGCUCGCUGGCCCAGAUGCACAUCCCUCACGCACGCGUAUGGGCUCCUACUGGGGCGGCCUUCAGACCUGGCCACACAGCGCAUGCUGCCCCGCUUUGCGCUGCCGUCGGAGGCCAGGCAGCGCAUGACAUGUCUGGCAGUGAAGCUGAAGGACAUGCGCAUUCCGCCGAACCGGGUCGUGCGGCCACCGGCAUUGCGGGAGUUAGAUCUGCAUGAGAUCCCGGUUCUGUCAGUGGAUUCUCCCAACACGCUUAGCAGCUUGGACUCGCUGCCGGACCUGGAACGGCUGACGUUGUCGGAUAUCAAGCUUCUAAAGUGUCUGAAACCUCUGGCCCCUUACAGUAGCCUGAGGCAUCUGGAGGUCACCAGUAACGAUCACAGCAGAAACCCUAGCCUGCCAGACCCAAAAGUAUUUCUGCCCCUGGCGCGGCUGGAUGGCUUACGGGAAUUGGUCUUCAACAAUUGUACAUUUGCGGUUCUACUAACCGGCCAGAGGGACGGCGAGAGGCUUGGAGACCUGCAGACCCUGCUAGGCAACCUCCCGCCCAACCUGCAGCUGCUGCGGCUGGAGCGAUGCCUUUACCACGAGCUGUGCAUGGACGUAACAUCCCUGAAAAUCCAUUUCAGUGCCGGCCGUGCCACAGCGCUAGACCUGGCACAGACCUGUAGCAACUGCCCGUCCCUCCUCCACCUGCUGCUUGUAGUGGAGCAAGGGCUUUCGAGCAGCUUACCCUGGGACACGGAGCAGCGGCAGGGUCAGCGGUGGGGCCGCCUCCGUAUUGACACGUUGGAGGUAGACUAUAACACUCCGCUGCCGGAGGAGCUGUCAGGGCGGCUGCGGGGGCUGCUGCGGUUGUUCCAGGUGGGGGUCAGGUCCCUGCUACUAAAGCAAGACCCCCCUGGACCUGACGGCCAGCGAUCGGGGUCCUCUCUGGCCGCUGCAUGCCAGGCAGUGGACUUACUCGGCGAGCCGCAUGAUGGGGUGGCGCUGGAAGUGCCUGUGAAUUCCUUCGCAGAAGAAAAGAUGAGAGUGGAGGUAGCGAGGCCCUGCGGUUUAACGGCACGCACUCUGGCCAAUCAGGAGCAGCUCGCUCCCGCCCCGGAAGCGCAGCAGCCAAGGCAGCCGCAGCCGCUGCCGUCAACGGCGGAGCUCAUGCGGGCUGCGGUGGCACGUAUGGCGGCAGGGCCGGCAGCACUCAUGUUUUCGAGGAGACAGCCUGCUGUGUCUCAAGGCUCUCAACCGCUGCCGUCAAGGGCAUGGCUCAUGCGGACUGGGGGGGCGCGUACGGCGUCAGGAGCGGCAGCGGCUAGGGUGAGCCAGGCAGCCAUGGACAGGGCGGAAGAAGGCAACAGCACACCUCCCCAGCGAACCCGGUGGCCGUCACCGCCUGCCACCGCCUCCAGCCACCUGCUGCUACUGCAGGGCCCCUUGGCGGCACUGCUGGGCAAGAGCUCCGGACUCCUCGGCGAGUUCCUGUUACAGGUCGCCAGGCAGGCCCGGAUGGGAGACGUCGAACCUCACGUCAGUUCCUGUUGUGCCCUGCCGGGCAACGAUACCAUCGUAGUCCAGUGCUGCGGAGCACAGGCGCCGGAGCUGGCGCGAGAUGUAUCCGCGUUGCUGCAGGAGACGGGCAUGUCUGCGUCGCUGCAGGUGGUGGCUGUGGACUCACGUUACAGCUGGUUGGCUGGGCCCUCCGCAUUAUCUGCUUUUGGACAGGCAUUCCAGCAGGUCGUGCAGGAUGCCUGGGACGCCUCGGUUGCAGGGACGGAAGACAGCGGCCGACUGGAGAUCCGGACGGCGGAGUGGCUGCUGCGGAUCAGGGACGACAUUCUGGCACGGCCACCAGUCAUGUGGCCCUAGCAGCUGGUGGAAGCCAUGUAACAGUGGGGGUGCAUUGGGGCUUGGGGCGUGCCUUAGUCUUGAGGUUUGGUUGUCAGGAUGGAAUCUGGGUUGUGCGUUGGGCCGAAAGGAAAGCGGAGGACGUUUUGUUGUGUUGAAGCAUUCAUCGAUUUGCAGCAUAGGUGGCGUCCUGGCUGGUAAUGCUGCAGUAGCAGAUACUUAUAACAUGUUGUUCACAGCGGCUGUGAGGCGGCUGGAUGGCGUCAUGCCACCCUGGUGGGUCGUUGGGCCUUGAUUGUAUGACGGUAUGAGGUAGACUGCUUGUACUGUACACUGAAGGCUCAUGAGGUCAUGACACUACUGUACGGUACCACGCCAACUGGCGGAGAGAUUGUCGGCAGUGCGAGUGCGGGGGCAUCACAUAGGGGAGGGGGGCCUGGCGUUGCAAUAUGUGGCGUGCUUGCGGGACUCGGGACACUAGCGAGUACCCUCAUGGCGUCAUGGGCAUAUACCCCCCGGCAACCUCCUCUUUAUCGCAGACUGAGUUUAUUUGGGUUUAUACACCUUCCCCUCAGUUGCUAACGCUCCUUUAGUAACACCGAGUAGUCCUUAGAACCCCAUUGCGGACGGCAUUGUACCGGUAUACUUGCGCCUUCCCCCCGCACUUCUAUUUCCGCAAUAGGCACGUUCUGCGUUCAAGGGAGAACCUAUAUAACCCAUUGGUGUGGCUAACACUAGUGGAAACCACGCUUCCUAGGGGGCCGUAAAGGUGUACCCGAAUGGGCCUGGCAAACCUGCGCCACUAAGAUCACUCGCAUCUGGCAACCUUUAAACCUGAUCUCGUCUAUCAUUUUUGCGGACAAAGCAUCGUAAUGGAGCCAGUCGUCUUUCAGGAGCCUUGCAUCGUCGAUGUGUUUCGCAAACUAGACACCUCGGUGCUAGACACAUUUGUUACCAUCCUUAUACAACAAGGCUCGGUGAGAAGUGUCCGGCGGGCAUGUCGUGGCCUGCGCGAUAUCAUCGACGCCAGCAUGCAGGAAGUGACAUUAAAGUUCGAAGACCCGACGCGAAAGAAGGCUGGCCCCGGACCUUCCUUGACUCGCUGGCCCCGGUGCACCUCCAUCAAGCUUAACCUGAACAACUUGGUCACACGACUCUACACCGCAGAGUUCGCAACCCUGUGCAUGCAGCCAUUUGAAGGCCUGGCAUUGGAGGCCAGGCAGCGCAUCACCCGUCUGGCAGUGCUGCAGGACCAACUGAGCUCCGCCUCGAAAUUCGAGGCGGCUAUAAUGUUGCUCGUUAAGCAGCUCCCGGCACUGCGGGAGGUGGAGCUGCAUGAGCUACAGGGCUUGUCGUACCUGACCGCCCCCUCCCUCAGCAUGUUUGACAGCAUGGCCUCCCUACCGCACCUAGAGCGGCUGACACUGCGUAGAUUAGAACACGUGAAGUACAUAGGCGCGCUGCUGAAGACCACCGGCAUCAACAGAAAACGUAGCUUCAAGCGCCUGGAGGUGUACUACGAGUACAGCAAGGGAGGUGAUCGACCCGACCCCGCAGAGUUUGCCCCGCUGCUGCCGCUGGAGGGGCUUCUUGAGCUGCGUUUCGUCAAGUGCAAGUUUGACAGCAAGCAAGGCCAUUCCGGAGAAAGCGGAGGCGGCCUUGGAGCCCUGCCAAUGCUGCUGCACAGCCUUCCCGCCUCCCUGCGGCUCCUACGGCUGGAGCAAUGCCACUGCCUGGGCGUGAGCAUAGACAUGCUGCAAAUUCGACUUGAUGCUUUCCGUGUGGCUGGCGUGGACAUGGAGUUGAACCGCGGAAACUGCUCACUCAUCCUGAAGCAGCUGUCUGCGGUCAGGAGGGGGCUUGCUGUGGGUCUGGCUUGGAAGCCAGGGGAGCAGCAGCAGGGACAACGGGAGCAGGAGCCCCUGCAGCAGCAGCGGGAACGUGAGCAGCAGCAGCAGCAGCAGCUCAACCGCCUGAGCAUUGGCACGCUGGCAAUAGAUGGCGCGGCGCCACUGUCGGAGCAACAGGCUGAGCAGCUGCGGGGGCUGCUGCGGGCAUUCCCACAGGUGCAGGUGGGCACCCUGCUCCUCACUCGCGGCGGCUGCGCGGCGCCCCUGGCCGCUGUACGGCAGGCCGUGGAGGUGCUGGGCGAGCCGCGAGAGCAGGUGGUACUGGAAGUGCCGGUUGGGUCGCCCAGCAGCACUGACAGCUUCAUCAGGCUGAGGGUGGCAGUGACCCGCAGCACCGCAGCACGGCAGCAGGCACCGCCACCAGAAGCAGCAGAAGAAGCAGAGGAACGGCCAGCGCAGCCCGCUGGGCUGCAGCCGCUGCCGUCAACGGCGGAGCUUAUGCAGGCUGCGGUGGCACGUAUGGCGGCAUGGCCGGCAGCGGCUGGGGUGACUGCAUGUGAGGACGUAGCUGACAGGAGCGAGGUAGCUGGCGGGAGUGGGGGCGAUGCCGCAGCUAGCAGCAGCAGCAACAGUGCGUCCCUGGAACACACUCCAAUGUUCCCGCCCCGGGCCUCAACCAAGCUGAUGCUGCUGAGGGGCCGCCUAGCUGCCAUGCUGGGCGGCAACUCCACGCUACUCGGUGGUUUCCUGCGACAGGUUGCCAGCCACGCCGGGGAGGCUGAUGUCGAAGCUAUUGCCGAUUCUUGUGUGGCUCCGCCGCUCACCGACACCCUGGUCCUCAAGAGCGGCUGGUUCGAUGCGAAGGAGGUGGCGGAGCGGGUGGCCGCGUUGCUGCAGGACACGGGCAUGGCUGGGUCGCUGCAGGUGCUGGCUGUGGACUCGCGCUUCGAUGUGGCAGCGGCGGGAGCCUCCGCGGGAGCGCUCCUAGCGCUGGAACGGGCACUUCAGCAGGUCGUGCAGGAGGCCUUGGACACCGCGGUAUCGGAGGCAGGUGACAGCGGUCGGCUGGGAACCCGGCCGCUAGACUACCUGUUGCGUAUCCGGGACGACAUGCGGGAGCAGCCGCUCGUUGUGUGGCCGUAGCGGGCGUGAUAAGGAGGGCACACACGACGUUAGCAAGGAACUGAACCGAUGGGGUCGCCUGGGGCCAAUGCAGGCAUCAAUUAUGAUUGGGGAUGGCGGAUACAUACAGUGUACAGGCAUCGCAGGUGGUUGUGAGUUAUCAUUGGAAAGCGGUGUGGUGUUCAGGGGCUGUGGACAGAUGUUGACAGACAUAUGCGUGUGCGGGUGCAGUGCUAGCCUGCGCAUGUGCCCGAGUUGCGGGAUGGCGACUAAACAGAUCAGGCAGGCACUCAGUGGACACUGAAGGGGCACGUUGACAGGCUGCAG